AUGGACACUGUCACAGCAGACUCUACUGCUGAUGCCAACUUCAGCACUGGGAAAACCCCUGCUCAGUUGAUGCAAGAACAGCAUGAGGCUGCGGAGGCACACCAGGUAACUGUUGAGGACGUUGUCGACGAAGAUGACAUUGAGCAUCCUCCUCCGUCCCACCUCCAUGUUGAAGAGGCGGAUGAAGCCACAACCAACGGCACUGGUAAUGCUCCCAUGUCAGCAAAGGCUGCAGGCAAGCAGAAGACAUCCGAACAGCCCAGUGUUCUCGAUACUCAAUCCGAGGAGGCUUUCCCAACCCUCGGAGCCACAGCCAAGCCUUCGGUUCCCUCCUCGCGAGCCCCCGGCUGGGUUGCCAGUGCGUCCGCGAAAGCAGCUCCCGCAAAUGGCUCACCGGCUCUGGGUUCUCGUCCUACCUCCUCUGGUGCUCCCACGCCCGCUUCGACGCCAGGCGUCAGAACUCCUAUCGCCGCGGCACCCGGUGCUCGCAGCAAUGUCCUGUUGCCCGGAAGAUACCGUGACUCGUUUGAAAUCGACAAUGCCGACUUGGACAAGAGCAAGCCGGUCAAACGAAUCCUGGACGACGUGAAGAAGAAGUACAAUGUCGUUGUCACACCAAAAUCGACCAAUUUUGCUACCAGAACCGAAUUCAUCGCUGAAGGACCCAAAGCUCGAGUCACUGAGGCAUUGAUGUAUGUGUCCAAGGAACUGACGUUGGAGAAACAAGUCAAACUAGAAAUUCCCUCCACUGUUUCCGCCCAGAUCAUCGGCAAAGGAGGUGCCAACAUUCGGAAGCUUGAGAGUCAAUUUAAUGUUAGGAUCCACAUUGACCGAGACACCAGACCUGUGACGAAUCCGGAAGAGGUCAGAACGGAUGUUGUCGAGAUCCGCGGGAAUGCGGCUCAAGUUCGCCAGGUCUACGAACAAAUCUCGAACCAAGUGAAGGCUCUGCAGCCCAAAAUUGACCUCCCUGUACGUGGAAUUCCACCGGAGUUCUACCCAUUCAUUGCGGGGCUGCACGCAGACCGAAUCCAACGAAUGGAACAAGACCGCGAUAUCCGGAUCAAUAUUCCGCAAUAUCAUACCUGGCAGUCACAGCCACCACCUCGACCUGCCGAAGACGAUGGUCGUCCUGUCUUCGUUCCUCAUGGAGACAACCAUAUCGUCAUUUCCGGAGAACAAGCAGCUGCAUUGGAGGCACGCGUUUUACUUGAACAUUUGGCUGAAGAACUUCAAAAGGAACUCUUGCUGGAAGAGCUGGCCGCUGAACAGAUCCUGCAUCCGUAUAUCAUCGGCGAUCGGGGCAUGGAUCCGUUGAAAUUCUUGGAAGAAACGGGAUGUGCCGUUAUCCUCCCACCAUCUCACCAUGAAACCGAAGAUAUUCACAUCAUUGGACCUAAGGAUAAGCUCAGUGCCGGUCGAAACCUUGCCGAAGAACUCAUGUCCAGGAAGCACAAUCGCGUUGUUGACAUGCACAAGCACUUCAGCGAUGCACCUCAGGGCCCCGAACGUCAUUCUCGAGCACUUGCACAAUACCUCCAACAGAAGGCCAUUGAACGCGAAUUCAUGAAGUCCCAUGGCGCGGAAAUCAUCUUUCCUCCAAGCUCCAGUGCCUCACCCAGCUGGACGGUCAUCAGCAACGACCCACAAAAGGCUCUGUCUGCUCGAAAUGAACUCUCCAAAAUUACUCAAGCAUAUCCUUCGUCAAGGCUGCAGUUGGUCGAGGUCGAUCCGUUCUUCCACCCGCACCUCGAGCAAAUGCAUGCAUCCAGCUUGAAGAACAACCUUGGUGUUCACAUGAUCGUUCCCGAUGACGGCUCCGACCCGGUCGUUCUCGUCUACGAAGGACCCUCCCGAGAUGAAUCAUUCUCGAUCCCGCGCACGAAACCCAGUAAGGCUGACGUUGCCAAUUUCGAAAAGGCGCUUCAAGAGGCCCAGGCGCAGUUGCUGAGCAACAUCCCACAUCAAGGCAUCUCCGUCCAAGACAUCCACGUCCCCAAGAAAUUCCAUGACAAGGUGAGGAGAUUUGUGAAGAACGAGCCUAAACCAAUGCCUCCCGAGGCAUUCCCGGUACAAGUUGACUUUGGUGGCGCCGGAAGCGGCCCUAACCAAGCAAAUGGCGUGUCUCGAGGCUCGCCGCCGGAGAGAGUCUAUCUGAGAGGCCCGAGUGAAGCCGACAUCGAAGAUCUACGUCGGAAAAUCGAGGCGUUCUUAAAGGAGGCUGAGGAAGAUGAGAAGGAGCGUGGUUACACAACGAGCUUCGCAUUCCCCGCUCAAUUCAACAAAAAUCUAAUUGGAAAACAAGGGGCCAAUAUCAAGGUGCUGCGAGAGAAGUAUGACGUCGAGAUUGAUACCCGUGAGACGGGCAAGAUCAUCAUUCAAGGACCCCAGAAGAAGGCUGACGCAUGCAAAGCGGAAAUUCAGCGAUUGGGCAAGCAAUGGGAAGAUGAGGUCAACUUUGUGAUCAAGAUCGAUCCCAAGUACCAUGGCAUGCUAGUCGGCCGAAGUGGUGAAAAUCUGCAGAAGAUUCAAAGCAAGGUGGACAAUGCGGUCAGAAUCGACUUCCCUAAGAUGUCCAGAGUUAGUGACGACGCUUCGGUGGGGGACAAUGGCAGUGAGGUAGGUGGUAGCAGAACUCAACCACAUGAUGAGAUUAGAAUCCGAGGUCCGCGAGCGAAAGCGGAGAAGGUGCGGGAGGAGCUUCUGAGCCUUCACCAAUAUCUGGUCGAUAACUCUCACACUGCCACUGUAUCCAUUGCCCAAGGACAAAUCGCUUCCCUUAUUGGCAAACGUGGCCAAGAAAUGGAGAGACUGAGAGCUGAAACUGGCGCCCAAAUUGACAUUCCGAAAGGCGAUGGCUCCGAUCGUGUGAACAUUCAGAUCAAAGGGACCAAGCAGCAGGUCGAAAAGGCAAAGACGGAGCUACAGAAGCGAUCUAAAGCCUUUGAUGAUAUCGUCACACGAAAUCUGAACGUUGACAGAAAGCAUCAUCGGGCUUUGAUUGGCGCGGGUGGUUCCAACAUCCAGAGUAUUGUCGCUCAAGCGGGUGGCACCGGCACCAGCGCUGAACACGUCCGCUUCCCCCGUCAAGGCGAUGAGUCCGACAGUCUUACGGUGAAGGGUACUGCCGAUGUUGUCAACAGCAUCGUAGCAGCCAUUGAAGCCUUUGUGGACGAAAGAGAAAACCAAGUGACCGAGACCGUUGAUGUUCCAGUCAGUCAACACCGAGAAUUGAUCGGACCAAAUGGAAGCACUCGCAAGAAGCUUGAAGAGGACUUGGGAGUCAUCCUCAAUGUGCCUCGUCAAGGGCUUGGUCAGACGGGAGUCAAGAUUAGUGGUCGACCAGAGAAUGUGUCCAAAGCCAAGGAACACAUUCAAGGAAUGACCACUAAGCCUCACGGGGAGACCAUCAUGGUACCUCGUUCUUUGCAUCACAUCGUCUCCAGAAAUGGGGCUUUGUUCCGAGAACUUUCAAGAGACGGUAUUCGGAUUGACCAUAAUGGCCAAAAGCCGCCGCCCAAGACAAACGACGCCAAUCGCGGUCCUCGAACACGAACCACCAAUGGUGAUAUGCCCUUGAUCACGGAUCGGCCCGGGGAAACCUCCUACUCCUGGGACAUGGUUUCCAACCAAGACACUUUGAAUGGUGACUCGGGAGAAAUUCCUUGGGUGAUCUUUGGUGGCAAGGACUGUGCAGAAGAUGCCUUGGAAAAGGCCAAGGACAAGAUCAAGACGUUGGUGGAGAAGGCGGCGGAGCCGCAACACACGGGAUACCUCAUCUUGCCUGAUCCUCGGAUGCAUCGUUUUAUCAUUGGGCAAGGUGGAACCACUAUCAACUCGAUUCGCAGAUCAUCUGGAUGUGAUAUUCAAGUACCAAAUAGGAACUCGGGAAAGGGUGAAGAAGGAGAAGCCAUUACGAUUGUGGGCAAGGAGGAUGGCGUGUUGUCGGCUCGUGAUUUGAUCUUGGAUGAGAUUAAACGAGUGGAAGCUGGUCGAAGUCCCCCAAGAGGUCGGGCAUAG